CUUAACCAAACUUUUAUGUUUUCAUUAAAUUUCGCUAAAUAAUCCAAAAAAUGGUUUCUCGCCAAUAUAAAUUUGGAGAUCUUUCAUUAUUAUUAUCAGAUAAACAAGUUGAAACUAGUGCAAAAGUUGUGGAAACUGAAUUUAAAUUAAAAUCAGAAUCAACAGAUUUGAAAACUAAAUCGAAGAAAAAUAAGCGAAAAUCGAACGUUAGUGAAACAAACGUUGAGGAUCAAAGUCAUGAAGAAAAUGAAACUGAAUUAAAAUUAGAGUCAACAGAUUUGAAAACUAAAUCGAAGAAAAAGAAGCGAAAAUUGAACGAUAGUGAAACAAAUGUUGAAGUCGAAAGUCAUGAAGAAAAUGAAACACAAGUCAAACGUAAAAAGAAAAAGAAUAAAACAGAUGGGAUCGAAGAAACUAGGGAAGAAACUUCCGUGGAUGAAGAUAAAACGGAUUCAAAUCCAAUAAAAAGUAAAAAACGUAAAAAAAUUGAAGCGGAAACAGAAUCCGUAGAAAAUGAGAUUCAAGAUCAAAAUCAAACCGAAACUAAUGAAGGUAAAUCGAAAAUUGAUCCAGAAAAACAAGCAGCAAUAAAUAAUCGAACAAUAUUCGUUGGUAAUUGGCCCUUAAAGAAGGAAAAAAAACAUUUGAAGCGAUUUUUUAAAAAGUACGGUACAAUCGAAACGGUACGAUUUCGUAGUGUUCCCGUGGGUGAUAUACGAAUUCCGAAAAAAGUCACAGCUAUUACAAAACAAUUUCAUCCGGAUCGAACAUCAACGAAUGCUUAUGUACAGUUUGCGGAUGAAGCUUCAGCAAAACGUGCUUUAGCUGCGAAUGGUUCGUGUGUGGACGAAGACGAAGCGAAACAUCAUUUACGUGUAACUUUAUCGACCACAAAUGGGGAUCAUGAUCCAAAGAAAGCGAUCUUUUUGGGAAAUGUUCACUUUCAAGCCGAAGAGGAUGAUUUAUGGAAAAUAUUCGGCGAUUGUGGUGAAAUCGAGAGUGUAAAAAUAAUACGCGAUCAAAAAACAAAUCUAAGUAAAGGUAUGGGCUAUGUGAAUUUUAAAUCAACAGAUGGUGUUGAAUUAGCAUUAAAAAUGGACGAGGUCAAUAUUAAAGAUCGACCAUUACGUAUCAAACGUGUUCAAGUGAAACCAGUUAAAAAAGUUAAAAAGGAGAAGAAACAAAAAAUGUCCCUGAAACAUCCUGUCAGUAAUAGUACAGCAUAUGAAAUGCGUAAAGGAAAAAAGAAGUUGAAACCUUUCCAAGGUGUUAAAUAUACACAAAAAUUGAAAAAAGGUUUAAAGAAGAAAACGUCUGUAAAACGGUUACAGAAAAAGAAACCUGUUAAAAAAUGA